AUGCUGGAUAUGGCAAAGGCAUUCAAAUUCAGGCUGCUUCAAUCCACUCCUUAUUAUGCUCAAGCUAACGGGCAGGCAGAAUCAAGCAACAAGGUAAUCGUCAACAUUAUUCGAAAAAUGCUUGAGAAGAAUCCAAAGCAAUGGCAUGAGAAGUUAUCAGAAACUCUGUGGGCAUAUAGAACUUCUAAAAGAGAAGCAACUGGCAUGACCCCUUAUGCAUUAACCUAUGGUCAUGAUGCAAUUCUGCCUAUGGAAAUAGCUGUUCAGUCCCUCAGAAUUGCUCACCAACAUAAUCUGGUAGGAGAAAACUACUCUCAAGCCAUGCUGCUAGAACUGGAAGGAUUGGAUGCAAGCAGAAUAAACUCCUGGCAGGAAAGCAAGCUGUGUCAAGGGCCUAUAACAAAAGAGUCAAGAACAAGAGUUUUGAAGAAUGAGAGAUAG